AUGGACGAUGUACAAUCUACAAAUGAACCACCUGCUUUCCAGCACACACGAAACCAUGAUCGCUGCAACCUCCUGAAACCUACGUUCAACAAUUCAACCAUUAACCAAACAUCUUAUAAAGAGAUCUGUGGUGGCAUAGCUCGAGAAACAGUUCAGUUGCCACUGCGUAAAGCACUCGAGGAUAAAAAGAACACUCAGAAAGGAUGCGAUCGUAAAAGCAAGAAACCACUAAAAGAUGGCAAAACAGUCUCUUCAUCAGUAUCAUCGAACAAGAAAUCAAAUUCGUCCAAAAGCACAUUCGAUGUUUUCUGUGAAGAGACAAACAGUGGAAGUAGUACAAUUGAAACAUCAAAGCCAAUGACUACUGAAAUCGGUGGACUACGUUUGAGAAGUGAAACUGCCGAAGAGCAGUUUAAACGUGUCGAUCCUGAUGCUCAAAUCGAGCAUUUCAGUUGUUGGCGAGAUGACGCUGAAUGUUACGAUUCCAGUGAAUUUCGGAUGACAUCAGUGGGCAAAGUAACGCGAAAGUUGCAAAUUGAUCAAGUUAUGCGAUCUGUUUGCGACCAUAAGUGUGAUGUGAUAAGUGGUGACGCGAGCGAUGGAGGGCUCUUAGAAGAUGAAAUUCUCGAAGAAGAUGUUUUGGAUAUACCAUUAUACAGGAAGUAA